CAAAGCUUCACAUUUAAAAAGCAAGCAAGUCGUCACAAAAAUUCAGUCGUUGUGUGUUAAUCAAGCAGUUACCAGGAGAAGCAAAUUUUCAUUAAUAUUUCUCAAAAUGACUAAGUAUACUCUUACAUAUUUUGAUGUUGAAGCUCUAGGCGAGCCAAUCCGUAUGUUGUUGAGCUAUGGAAAUCUUGACUUCACUGACAAUCGCAUUGAUUAUGAGAAGGACUGGGCUAAGUUUAAGACAGGUGAGUAAAAAACUUUUUUUUUCUUUAUCUUUAAAAAGUGGUAUGACUGAUAUGAGCGAUAAAAAAAUAUGAGUUGCUGGAAUGUUCUGAGGUAAAACACUUGUUCAUGCCUUAUUAUUUUGUACAUACUCAGCAUGAUGAUGACAAAUUUUUUUUAUCGCUACUAUCUCAAAAAUCUCAAUUGUCAAAUCAUGCCCCAAGUUUAAAUAAGUUCUAUAAUCAGCAUUUUAACUCAUUCAUGCAUCGAAAAAAUCAAUUGAAUCAAUUAUGAAUCUUAAAUAGACAUCAAAACUUGCAAUUAAUUAAUCAACACUUAACGGUUUUUUUUUAAAUUAUAGCAAUGCCAAUGGGUCAAGUUCCAAUUCUUGAAGCUGAUGGCAAAGUUAUGUAUCAAUCUUUGGCUAUUAGCCGUUAUCUUGCGCGUUUAGUUGGACUCUACGGAGAAAAUCCAUUGGAAGAUUACGAAAUUGAUAAUGCUGUUGACAAUAUUAAUGAUUUCCGUGCCAAACUUGCUGGCGCUCAAUACGAACAAAAUGCAGUCGCAAAGGAGGAAAAAUUCAAGUUGUUGAAAGCUGAAACAAUUCCAUAUUUCCUCGAAAAACUCGAUGCUAUUGCAGCUGAAAAUGAUGGACAUUUUGCACUUAAGAAGUUUACUUUGGCUGAUGUGUACUUUACAGGAAUGUCGAAUUAUUUGAGCUUAAUGGCACAACAAGACAUCACUGCCAAUUAUCAGAACUUGAAGAAAGUUGUUGAAAAUACUAUUGCUACACCUGGAAUCAAAGAAUGGGUUGAAAAGCGCCCAAAAAAAGUUUAAUCAUUUUUGUUGUUUUCUUGAGUUCGGCUUUGCAGUCAGCAAUAAAAGAGUUUGGCU